AUGUCGGACGAAAUAGCUUUCAUCAAUUUCCCGUUGCAGAAAAUUAUAAAGUGCGAGCACUGUCAUGAGCCGAAAAUAGCGAUAUUUAGUGCUGAAUCGCGAAAAAAUAAUUUUUUAAAGCACUUGCAGAAGAAGCACGGUAUACGAUCGGAGAACACGAAAAUAAAGUGCUCCGUUUGCGGGUGGAUCAGCAACAAGUCGAGGCGCAUGGCAUGGCGUGAUACGCAGGCGCACCACCGAAGUGAGCACUCAAACAAGACUGCCGUUAUGACAGAAGCUGGUCAACCACUGCCCGUCGGCUUGCCUACUGUUGAUGAUGCUCCGAGCUUUUCUCGAGAAACAAAUGAAAAAGUCUCCGCGCAGUCGUUGAAUUCGUUCGGUAUAAUCGACUUAUCCAAAUCUCGUGGGACUGUGCGAACGACAGUCACGACAGUUACGAGGACAGGACGAUUAGUGCUUCCACCAGCGCCGAUCACUUGGUACAAAGAUCCCUUCCUCAGCGACCUGGUUAACUGUGUUGCUGAUACGCCAACCGUGGAGAGACUUGCAGUAAAGAAACAGAAAAAUAGCUGGCAGUUAACAUCCAAGAUUAUAGCGGCUGUAGACAAAAUGUUCAACGUGGUUAAGAGUACCGCAGCAAUUUUCUUAUCCUCUUUCCUACCGUAUUGUCAACCAAACGUGAUUGUCCACUCAACACCAGAAAAGAAAUCAACUAAUGAUGGUAAAACAGCACCGACGACGCAGCCGAAAAUAUUAGCAAGCAACUCAUCGAGAAUCAAGCCGAGGGCUCGACCGGCUCUUCGGAGGUCUGGAAAGAGGCAUGUGUCCAGUCCUACACCAAUUUCGUUUGCGAAAAAUGUCAUACAUGUGGGGAAAUUUAACAUUUAAAGCUUAGAUGUUGUUUCAUUUUUAGAUGCGUUUUAUUGUUGUAUAUAUUUUUUUGUUUAUUUUUUCUGUUUUUUAUUUAAUUACUUGUAAUAAUCACAAGCUAUUUAUGUUUCGGUUUCUGUUAUAUUAUUUUAUUUAGAUAAAAUGAACUAUAACUGUUUAAAUAAUUGGCGCAUUCACGCACAAUUUAUGAAUUCGAUAUUUUAUUCAACGAUAUUUUGUAUAAAGAAAAUUAAAUUACGA